CCCGCCUGAUGUGAAAAAAACGACGAGAGGGAGAAAAAGAAAAGAAAAAGAAAAAAGGAGAACCGAUAAAGCAGAGACAUGGGAGCGUUCCGGGUGCUGCUGGGAACUUUACAUUACGUGGGACUCUACGUGCAACUUGGUGCCUCGGCCAAACAAGCUGGACACGGCGACACGGAGAACCACAUCUCCGGGAACGCCAUGUUUACAGAGGUCCCUCAUGAUAUGACGGCCCACAGAGGUCAGGACGUAGAGAUGGCAUGCUCCUUCAGAGGGGCAGGAAUUCCCUCGUAUUCACUGGAGAUCCAGUGGUGGUACAUCAGGAACCACCUGGACUGGACGGAUAGACAGCCCUGGACCACCAAUGAGGUGGCUCCUGAGGAGGACGUACCAAAGGAUGCUACAAAGAUAAGUGUUGUGAAGGUUGUAGGCAGCAACAUUUCCCAUAAACUCCGCCUCUCCCGAGUCAAAGUAUCCGACGAGGGCACAUACGAAUGCCGGGUCAUUGACUUCAGCGAUGGCGCCGGUACACGCCACCACCGUGUCAGAGCCUACCUGCAGGUGGUGCCAGAGAGUAGUGCUGGAGGCGGAAAGCACAGCAGCAACUUUGAAGCCCUCGAUGACACCAAGAGAGGAGUGGGAUUCUUUGACGGCGAAAACGUGAAGGAGCACGCUCACGGCCAUCACCAGAGUCAGAAAAAUCACCAGGAGCAUGGCAAGCGGCCUUCAGCGCCCGCCCACCACGGCCACAGUCAGCAGCAGAAGGCGGGCAGAGAGCUGAGAAAGAGGGACGUGGACAUUACCCUCAAUGACUGCACCAAUGAGCCGAGCUGCACGCUCUAGAUGGUGGGUUAUCGCUGCAGCGCGGUAGAUUACACACGGAUCGAGUGUCACAGCAUUAAAAGCUACUGUUCCCACACAGUUCAGGCCUGUGCACAAAUUCACAAUCCCCACAAAUUCCCAGUACUCAGAGGCCGACGCACUGUGGCGGGAAUGUAGCUUUUUCUUACUGUGUCUGGGUUUGGGUUGGACUCCUCGCGGUCUGUAAAGCCUGGCUUCACAAAAUUCAGCCACGGGGCUGAUGUGUAGAUCCAGGCAGCUCAACUGUUUGUGGUCCAAGCACUGACAAAAA